CCAUGUUCAGACGCUCCUUUCUCUUCUACGGCUACCGGCCCGUCUCGGCGCUGAGCCGUGCCCUCGGCCUUGGUCGCACAUUCGAAGCCGCGCUGGCCACGCUCGCCGUCUUCUUUCUCUCGGGCAUGCUUCACGAGGUCGGACAGGAGGGCAUGGCCCACGGUCGUUUGGGUCACCUCGAUGCGGGUCGGUAUGGCUUCGGCGCAAACAACUUUGCUGCGACGAGAUUCUUUCUCCUCCAGGGCGUCGGUUGCAUCCUUGAGAGCCUAUGGGAUAGGGCAGAGGCGCAGACGGGCCCACUGGUCAAGGGAGCCAGAAAGAGAGCCGUCCUGGGCUGGCUAUGGACCUUUGGCUACUUGACUGCCACUAGCACCAUCAUGACGGAUGUGAGUUUUCGAAGGACGCUAUUGCAGCAACAAUGACCAGCUCAUCUGUCUCUUCACCCAGGCCUGGUGUAUCAUGGGCACGGGCACGACGAUGACGACGAUGCGCCUUACUGCAAAGGCCGUUACGCUGCUCUCGAAAGGGAU